AACUCAUAUCAUGACAGUUAGAAGAGCAAAUCCUCCAACACCGAAAAAGAAAUCUCCAAAGGCUUCAAAAGAUAUAAAAAAAAGCAAUAAUGAUAAUUAUAGCAGACAAUAUGAGCAAAAUGAAGAAUGUAAUGACGUCCUAAAUUAUCGAAUCGGAAAUUUAGAAAGUUUGGUAUAUAAGUUAACUAACGCAACAGAACAUAAUAAUGCGCAAAUAAAUUCUCAUCCUCCUCAUCCAUUAUCUAAUAUUGGAACAGAAGAACUUUUUAAUCUAUCUAAACUAAUUAGUAACGAGUUAUUACAAAGAUUUAGAAUUCAAAAGCAAAUGGAAUUACAAACUCAAUUGGCAACUCCGACAACCACUAUCGGCGUUAUUACUGAUCGAAUUGGAAAAUUAUCUAAUACAACUAUCCCCCAAUCAUUAGAUAAUAUUGGAACAGUGGAUCGUUUAGAGAUGCAAAGUCAGUUACAAACUCCGAUGUUAACUGCACCUAUCGACAUUCUUAAUAACCGAAUUGGAAAAUUGGAUAUAAAUGUACCAGAAACUUGGAGUGCAUUUCAACUAUUGUAA